GAUUCGUAAGGCAAAGUGAGUCACUUGUGUCGAGAGAGAGAGAGAGAGAGAGAGAGAGACGAAGAGAAAUGGCACUUAGAGCAGCCAUCCUUCGCCAUGUUCGUGUUCCCGUGCAAACUCUAGCUUUAACCGGAUCGAGACAACGGCAAUGGAGAAUCUUCGGCUCCCUCCGGUUCAUGUCGUCGCACGAUGAACAUCUCACCAGAGAAGAUGUCGUCGAGAGGGUUAUUGAUGUGGUCAAGAGCUUCCCUAAGGUAGAUCCCUCAAAGGUGACUCCUGAUGUACAUUUCCAGAAUGAUCUGGGGUUGGAUAGCUUGGAUAAUGUAGAAAUCGUGAUGGCUCUAGAAGAGGAGUUCAAGCUUGAAAUUCCAGAUAAGGAAGCUGAUAAGAUUGAUUCCUGUUCUCUUGCAAUUGAAUAUAUAUACAACCAUCCAAUGGCUGGCUGAAAUUUGAGGUGAAAUUUUUUGCUUAAUCUUGAAUUUCAUGGAGAGUAGUAGACCCGGAUUUGGUUAACUUAUUGGCUGUUUGUGUGCAUUUACCUGAGACCAUGGGAUAAAAAGAAUAAUCUGAUUCUGUACGGAAGGAUAAUUUUGAGACUUGGAUAGCUUUUAAGCAUUCUGAAUGUCAGAAGUUGGACGGAUUAUUUUGUUCUGUUGAGAUGAAUUUUGUGGUUCAUGUUUGUGGAUUUCUUCUGUUA